AAAGUCUUUGUUUACGGAAGCAUGCUUCAUGUAAUUGGUACAAUUCGUUUCACUAUAAAACGUGCAAGAUUCCCAGCGAAUUGUAUCAGUCAGCUUCACGCUUUCAACAGAGAUUCAGAGUUGUAUUCCAAAAUGACCGCUAAAUCAGUUCGUUUUGUAGCUUCGAUGCUGCUUCUGUCAGUGUCAGCGCUUGGUCGUGAAGUGAUUCAACUUGACGACAACUACGUAAACCGUAUCGUCGGAGGUCACGAAGCCGCUAGCGGUUCCGUCCCUCAUCAGGUGUCGCUCCAACUCAAAGGAUUCGGUCACUACUGCGGUGGUUCCAUCAUCGCCGACCGCUGGAUCCUCACCGCAGCCCACUGCGUCGACGGCCAAACCCCAGGCCAGUUGAACGUCCUGGUCGGUACCAACAGUCUCAAGGAGGGCGGACAACUGCAUGAGUCGGACAAGUUCAUCAAGCACAACCGCUACAACCGACCUCAGUUCCACAACGACAUCGCUCUGAUCCGGCUCAAGUCCAAGUUGCAGUUUUCGGACACCGUUAAGGCGAUCGGCUACUCCGAGAAGACCGUUGGCCAGGACGAGCACGUUACGCUUACCGGAUGGGGACGUACCUCGGCGGGUGGACCUGUUCCGACCAAGCUGCAGACGAUCGACCUCAACUCGAUCAGCAACGACGAGUGCAAGCGAAGAUCGCCCGGAGCUGGUAACGUGGAUAUCGGACAUAUUUGUACGCUGACCAAGACCGGCGAGGGAGCAUGCAAUGGUGACUCUGGUGGUCCGUUGACCCAUGACGGAAAGGUGAUUGGAGUUGUGAACUUUGGAGUUCCCUGUGCCAAGGGAUAUCCGGACGCGUACGCUCGAGUGUCGUACUACCACGAGUGGAUCCGAACCAACAUCGCCGAGAAUUCGGUGUAAAUGAUGAAUGAUUACAAUUAUGAAUAAACGAAGUAUACACAGAAAAAAAAUCGGUUAAAUUACAUAAGCGCUAGAUUUAAUCCAAACUAGUCUAAUCAUAACCUAGCGCAGCCAAUCUUUCGAAGAAAUCCUAGAGAAAGCAUUUUGUUAGAUUACGCUUAGCCAUUUUCUUGUUAUUUAUUAACAUGCUGAGAUGUUUUGAUGCUCCGGGAACCUCUAGGAUCUAAUCAAAUCAAAUUAUUCGCUC